CCCUGACCGCAUGUCAUACAACUGUAAUAUUAAAAGAUGCCGCCAAAGCGUAAUAAAAAAGCUGCGACUAGCGCACCUGUUGAGCAACCGCCGCUGGAUGCAAACAAUCCAGUGCUCUAUAUAGAGUACUGUCGUUCCUGACGAGUGUUUCGUCGACGCGCAGAGGAGCUGCAUGCGGACUUAAAGAGCCGCUUGGAGCAAGCUGGACAGACAUGUCAGCUGCAACUGCAGCUCAAUGCGCUUGGUGCGCCUAGACGUGGCGCAUUCGAAUUAUCCUUUGCGCUUAAGCCCACAACAAUUGUCAGCGAGCAGCGAGCACUUUGGUCGGGAUUAAAGCGCACACCACGCGCUCAAAAGUUUCCCAAUGUUGAUGCCAUGCUGGAGCUAAUAGUGCAAAUGCUGGGCGAGAAGGAUGACAAAGAGAAUAAACGCAAGCGCUCUGGGUCGACGUCGCCCACCAUAUCACCAGCCACAGCUGCAACAAAAAAGCCAGUACAUCAACAAAUAAGCAUUAAGAAAAUACGGUCGAAGUUUUUCAAGAUUCACAUUCUUUGGUUUCAGCAAAGUGUCAAUAAUUUUAUGAGGUCACUGUGUGAACGUCAGUAG